UUUCUUUUGCCGUCAGUCGUGGGGAAAUUCCAUUCGCUUCGCAUUAGUCAAUUGAAGACCUGAUUUAUUCAACUCAAAUAUCCGACAAUAAAAUGCCGAAUCGAGGAGAACGUUUCCAACAUAAACUGUGGCGUACUGUAAAUGAAUGCAAAACUGGAAGCAUUUCUUGGAAUAGUGCCGGGAAUUCAAUAAUUAUUAAUUUUCCCAAAUUUAAAAAAGAGUACCUUGAAGAUGGUGACUUUUCCAAAAGUAAUAAAAUUCCGAGUUUUGUGCGACAAUUAAAUUUAUAUGGUUUCAGGAAAGAAAUGAAAGUAAAAAGUAAUUGCAGAGAUGAACAUGAAUUUAAGAAUGAUUGCUUCAUACGAGGAAGAAAGGACUUGCUGCGUCAUGUUGUGAGAAAUUCGUCUUCACCAAGUAUACCGAAAAAAAGAAGACCUGGUUUGCGAACUCUCAAGAAGUGGAGUAUGCCAAUUAAGUACAUUAAAGAAGCUGAUAACAGCAGGCAUGAGAAAAGUGAAUCUAGAAAAAGAGGAAGAAAGGGUAGACCACCCAUCAAUAAGCAUACCCAGAAAAUCAAAGACAAUGAAAAUGAUCAUAGCUAUGAGAGGAAACAAAGAAGAUACAUACAAAAAAGUGCAACAGAGAAGACUAAUGCCACUAUGUCCUUAAGACAAUGUGUAGAAGAUAAUGAGAACAGAAAAUGUGAAAUCAAAUCAAAAGUAGCAAAACUACAACAGCAUAAAGAAGUAGUAAAUCAAUCAUUAACUUGUGGUUCAAAAAUACAAGAAAAAAUACACACAGAAAGCACUCUAAUUAAGGGAAGAGACAGGCUACAAUAUGUAAGCACUAAGAAGGAAAAACAGAUCACUUUGCCACAAAAUGUUUCUCUUCAUCAAAUCUUAGCACUGAAUGAGAUUCAACCAACAAACAAUAUAGCAACUCAAAGAACUACAGAACUUCCAGAAAAUAAUAUUUUCCAGCAAGGAGAUUUCAACAACAUCAAAGAAAAUGAAACAAAUGAAAAAUCUAAUGAGACAUCAGAUACAGUAUUGAUGGAGGAACUGAAAAUUACACCACUGGAUAGUGCACAAUUUCUUAAUGAUUUUAUACUUCCUCCUGAGUCCUCAAACAGAUAUAAACCACACAGUUAUUUCUAUGAUUCUAAUAACCAAGAUAUAUCAGCAGAAUUCAAAGAACUCAGAGAUGCAUAUUUUAGAUCACAUCACCCUUUCAAGAACACAUACAGAUUUAAUUUUUGCAUUUGUCCACGUUUUUAAUCUUCACAUUAAAUAAAUUUUGUUAUCCUAUAAAUUUCAGUUUUU